GGCGAGCGCGUGCGCACGGCGGCUCCCUCCAGCCAAAGGAACCUUGAAUUUCUCCGGGAUUUGCUGAUCUGCAGUGCAGAGCAAAAAGCGCAGGAACGUGUUGCAGCUGCUACCUACCGGCUUCGCAGAAGCGAAACGGGAUUUUAAACGGGAGAGGCAAAAGCACGGAUCCAUUCCUUCCUUGAGACCCUUAAGCAGACCUUAAUUAUUAGCAAUUUUUAAUUGUUUUUUAUUAUUUUUAAAAAACCCUGCACCGUUCCGUCUCGGUCUUCAGAGGACAUCGCAAACUGCAUAAUGGGGAAACAGAAUAGCAAACUGGCUCCUGAAGUAAUGGAGGAUCUGGUGAAAAGCACAGAGUUUAAUGAGCAUGAACUCAAACAGUGGUACAAAGGGUUUCUAAAGGAUUGCCCUAGUGGGAGACUGAACCUUGAGGAGUUCCAGCAGCUUUAUGUAAAGUUUUUCCCCUACGGAGAUGCUUCCAAGUUUGCCCAACAUGCCUUUAGAACCUUUGAUAAGAACGGCGACGGGACCAUUGACUUCAGAGAAUUUAUUUGUGCACUAUCUAUCACCUCAAGGGGCAGUUUUGAACAGAAACUAAACUGGGCCUUCAAUAUGUAUGACUUAGAUGGAGAUGGAAAAAUCACAAGAGUGGAGAUGCUGGAAAUUAUAGAGGCCAUUUAUAAAAUGGUGGGCACUGUGAUAAUGAUGAAAAUGAACGAAGAUGGCCUCACACCGGAGCAAAGAGUGGAUAAGAUUUUCAGCAAGAUGGAUAAGAACCAUGAUGACCAGAUCACACUGGAUGAAUUCAAAGAAGCUGCAAAGAGUGACCCUUCCAUUGUAUUACUCCUGCAGUGUGACAUUCAGAAAUGAGCUCAUGUAAAAAUGCUUUCAUGGACUGCACAGAAAUUUAAAUGUUCCAUUCAGUUUGCAGCUAUUUCCACACAUACACAUACACACACACAGACACAAAACAAACAAACAAACAAAAUUGCUUGGACUACCUAUCAAUGGACUUGCUUCUUGUGUUUGAAACACUUGUGUGCAUGAGAAUGUCAAUUGCUACAGAAUUUUAAAAGUAUAUAUUAUAAGAAAAAAAAUGCCACGAUGUGAUGUGUGCAAUGUCAUUUCAUGAGUCUUAUUCCUCCGAUGCCUGUGCAGUAUUUCCAUGCUGCAAUGAACUAUAUACUAUUUAUUGUUCAUGUUUUACUGAUGCUAGUUGUAUGUCUCCUAAACUGGGUAAUGUUAGUGACACUGAAAACCCCAUGGUAGUAUAAACUGUUCAUUAGCAAACAUGACACCCUUCUGCUGUAUGUAGUGGACAGACAGAGGGAAGCUCCUCAGUUCUUGAGUCUGGUCCAGACAUGUGCUUGUACUGUCAGUGAAUAUUAAUGUAUUCAUUUGCAUGACUUUUAGGUUUGCCUUAAUUCUUACCUCAUUUGCAUCCUUUCGACCAGACAAAAAAGAGAGAGCUAUGUCAGAGGAAUGAAGUAUAUGAUGAAACCUUCAAAAAAGCUAACCCUGCUAAAGUGUUCCCUAAAUUGAAAGAUAACAUAUAAAUAUAUAUAUAAAUAUAUAUAAAAAACACAUUUAAAAUACUGUUUUACUGGAAGUUUUAAAAAGUUUUGUUGGGAGUGUAUUAAUUUCUGCUUGAAGUUUUCAUAAGCUUCCAAAGAGGUUGAAAUCAAUGUCCCGAAAUAAAUUUAUAACAUUUGACUUCUCCUUUGUUUUCUUUUACAUGAAUAACUUGUCCGUCUUGGGCGGAGGGCACAACUGCGGCUUGCUGUGAUUUAUAGACUAGUCCACAAAGAAGCCUGUAGAAC